AUCGCUGGCUCAAUCCAUUCACAUCUACAGUGUGACGUCAUAUCCUGUAAGACUAUCCUUUAUAACGCGUUCACAUAACGCGCCUUUCUUCAGUGAUAGCCGACCUAGUACACGAGCUGGCCAAACAAACUACUCAAAGGUUGGCAACAUGAUGCUACAAAAAUGUGCUUUUUUUGCCAUAGCGACUAUGCUCGCAUUCGCCUUACAGGAAUCUCAAGCUAGCGAACCAGGUGGCAGGGUUCUACUCAAACUUGAGCGCUUCUCCAAUCCUCGUGGUCGCUGUUACAACCCCAGAAUGCACCGCGACUUCUGCUGUGAUCGGAGCUUCUGGCUCCGUCGCUGUACCAGAAAGCUAGAUCCUUACUUCAUCAUCUGCGUCAAAUUGACACAGGGAGCCAACAAGUGUACGCAUGUGUUCGAGACUCGAACAUUCAAGAAAAAAAACCUGCUCGAGUUUUCUGUUGGUGAUGCACUCGACGAUCAAAACCGGCAAAGAAACCCACUUGCGUUUGGGUUCUCGAGAUGGAAGGGAUUUUUGAGUGUCCGAAUAACAAUAAAAGAUCAAGAUUACCCGUCACGUGACGACUUCGUGGACGGCUUCCUUAUCCAGCGAUCCCUACCCCCCUCCUCCGAUGGAAGUAACGCACGAUGGCACACCUUCAGUCGCACAGGAAAGACCUCUGAAUUUAGAACCUCAUUCAGCGUACAGUGUAACAAGAACUAUUAUGGCCCAGAAUGUUCCAUGAAGUGCCAGCAGAAAGACAAUAUCGAAGGGCAUUAUACGUGUGAUGAAGCCACAGGAAGAAAAAUAUGUCUUCCAGGCUGGCACGGUGUCUCUUGUCGGGUACCCUGUGUACCCCACAAUGACAAUGUCAACGGUCACUACACGUGUGACGCCACAACCGGAAGUAAAACUUGCCUACCUGGUUGGCAUGGCGACCGGUGUAACAUCUACUGCAGGAAGACGCCAACGUCCAUUUGCGACGGAUCUGGAAAAAAAUACUGCCUUCCAAACUGGUAUGGAAAAGAUUGCAGCAAGUAUUGCGCGCCCACCGGCAACUUUGCUUGCAACAGCCUGACUGGAGAGAGAGGAUGUGUUGCUGGGUGGUAUGGGGAUCAGUGUGAUAGAUACUGCAUUGCAACACAUGAUGACACAGCAGCCUUUAGUUGCAGUGAGACAGGGGAGAAGGUUUGCCACAAAGGCUGGUACGGUACAAAUUGCGAGCGACAUUGCGUGCGCACUCGCAAUUCCGUCUGCAGCAAUAUCACUGGCGAGAGAAUUUGUAACAAGGGAUGGCAUGGUGUCAACUGCGAUACAUACUGCAUGCCGAGAAAUGACCAAAACGCCGCAUAUUCCUGUGACAAGGACGGUAAAAAGGCGUGCUUCCCGCUCUGGUACGGGUCAGAAUGUGAUGUGUUCUGCAUUCCAAGCCCCAACGGACACUACACGUGCAAUAAGGAGACUGGCGCAAAGAUAUGCGCUCCAGGGUGGAGUGGGGUAAAUUGUAACCAAAAUGUUUGUUCUCCGAGAAAUGAUAACAGCGCGGGAUACAAAUGCGACGGGAAUGGCAACAGAGUCUGUUUGAAAAACUGGUAUCCCGAGGGGAACUGCACCCUCUUUUGUCAGCAGCCUAGCCCCUCCUUCUUUUGCCACAGAAAAACAGGGAGAAGAAUUUGCCGACCGGGGUGGUACCCGGAUGGACAGUGCGACGUCUAUUGUCUCCCACGUGACGACAUAAGCGCCGCGUACAGGUGCGACCCGGUCAGCGGAGAGAAGUCCUGCAAGUUUGGCUGGUACGGACCUCAGUGUGACUGUUCGCCCAAAGAUGAUAAGACCGCUGGCUAUACAUGUGACAAGUUGACAGGCGUACGUGUGUGCCAACCGGGGUGGACUGGAUUCAUGUGCGACUCUCGUGGAAAUUGAUGUUAUUGGGCGAAUACUAGGGAAAACUAAAUAGCAUGACGCCAAAAAAGUGAUCGCUAAAAAAUUAAAAUAAAUAAGAACAGAGGUAUCAGUUUUUUUUUGUGUAGCCAAUUUAAUAUUGGUUUCAACUAUUAUCAAACCAGAUGGAAAGUAUUUAAUCUAGACUUCACGAUUAGUAUUUGCUUGGUUAUUCUUUGAUUGUAGGGUGCCUUUGUAAGAUGUUAUUUAUAACCCAACUUAGAUAUGCAGAUAUGUGAGGUUACUGACCAGUUCUACUAAAAUUGAAUUUCAA